UUACGUUUCAGAGUUACUGUUGACUGGUUGUGAGAGUCUGAUGCAGAUACUUAACAUACUAGUAAAUAACUUUUCAUACAUUACAAGGCAACAUAGUCAAUUUUAGGUUUGCUUUCAGAUACUUGUUAUCUUUCAAAAGAUGUGUUUCUGAGUAAAAGUAGGUAGACUUCUUUUUAAUGACAGUUUAGCACUGAAGCUAAAUUGAAAAAAAAAAAUCAAUUUCCAAUACCUGAAAUUCGUCAACUCUCUAGUGAUGGUGUCAUCUAUUAGAACUGUAUCUAUUUAUCAAAUUUCUGUUAUGAGUAUCUGAAAAUAUGACUUAAAAAGUAGAGUGGAAGAUGACAGACUUUUCUGAUAGUGGUUUGCCUGUAAUAGAGGGCUUGCUGGGAUGAAUAUUGUGCAGUUGGAGGGCUGUCUUUCAGGAAGGAAAAACGUGAUUCAUUGGUUAGUUUUCCAAGACGACACAAAAAUAGCAUUUUCACGGAGAUUGUUACAAAAGAAAUGACAUCCUUUUAUUUAGUUAGAUUGCUAGUGAUACGCUGGUGAUUGAGUCAUAUAGAUCAGUCUGGUUUAUUCUAAUAAAUACAGAAUCGUAUCUGUUAAAAUGCUGAGCACUGGGUGAGGUAUAUAUUAAGAAACUUAAACCACUUCCUUGAGUGAAUUCAGCUAUGCAUCAACUGAAAGAAUUAGUGAUUUCAGGUAACUUAAAUGUUAUUUAAGUUCACUUCAAGUAUACUUUAUAGAGAACAAGCUUCAAUUUUAAAAGAAGCCUCUAACAACUUUUAUAGUGAAAUACUAGCACAGCACUUGCCUCAAGAGCAUGUAUCACAUUUUUGUACUCUCUAAGCAACAGAUACGGGAUCAUGACAGUUCCUUUUUUCUCUGAAAAAGAGAUUGUUUCCCCUGUGAUCAUAACAUUACUACAUGUAUACAUUAUUUCUUGCAGGUAGACUUUUUUCUUCUGAAAGAAGAAAAUCUGCAAGAAAUAAUGUGUACACAUAGUAAUGUUAUGAUUGUGCAUUUAUGGAAAGUAAUUAGGAAUUGAUAAAACUUGAUAUGGGUAUUUCAUCUAGGUAGUAUUCAUAGUUUCAGAUGAAAUUAGACUUCAGUUAAGUAUAUGCUAUUUUUACACUGUGUGCUAAGGGUGGUAUAGACAGUCUCCAAGCAUGUAGGACUUAAAAAAAGUAAUCUUUCUAUCAAACUGUAGUAUUCAACAGUAUACAUAUAUACAAAUACAUAAAGCAUAUAUACAUGUACUUAACAGGUAGUUUUUCCACUUAUGGAGAAUACGGAUUAUUACAGAUGACUGAAAAGGAGAAACAGUGAGUCUGGCUUGGCAUAACUCUGGAUAAGAAGGAUGAGGGAACUGUUGUGGCCAGCUUCAUGACCUCAAUGAUAUUCAUCAUCCUCUAAGAGGUUUUCUCCAGCUUCCCCACUGAGUCCUUAUCCCCAUCCCAAAUUAAAAACCAUCCAGGAGAUGUGUGUGGUUUGGUUUUGUUUCGUUUUCUUACAGUUCCUUUUUUAUACCGUAUUAUUUAUAGUUGAAGGUCUGUUGCAGGUUUGCUUAUGAUUAUUAUUAUUAGGAUUGUGUUGGUGUAUUUUUGUAAAUGAUUUUUUUUUUCUUUACAUGAGAGAAACGCAAGCACUAAGUAGGUUUCUGUAGGGAUAGUAAUGGCUGAAAAGAACAGGUGUUAGGCAUGGAGGAAGUGUUAAAUGUGAUAGACAAAGUUCAUGUUGACACAGAUUUGUUUUUCAGUAUAUAGUCCUUUGUCCUUCAUUUCAUACUAUAUAGUGUUGAAGGAUUUGGCCUCUGCCCCUGAGCACUAGUCCCAGGAAUGUUUUGGCAGCAAUUCAGCGUGGUCAUGUUUGCUAUAAGAACUGUUUCAUUAACCUUGAAAUGCAAAAUAUGUUUAUUGUUAUUAGUUGGCUUGAUGCCAUUCCAAUUUUAGUAAUGGAAAAAGUACUCUGUUAAUGACUUGAUACAAUGGGUUUUUUAACUGCAUAUUUACAUAGCAGUAAAUUCAGCAUCCCAGAAUAAUUGACUCAUUCAGUUGGCUUUCUUUUGGAAAAUGGAUGUUGCCUUUUCUCUUAAUCAAGUUAGAAUCUUCUUUGUUGUUGAAAUUUUGUUUGUGUUAAUUGUGGCCUGAUGUCUUGUAUCCUGUAAUUGUACAGAGGAGCAGAUCUAGUUUAGUCUUUCCAAGUGCUUGUGAGGAGUCAACUGCUCUCAACAAAUGGAAAACAGCAGGAAUAACAGGAUAUUUAUGUUUGAGUUUGGAUGGCUGUCAAAAUAGAUGCCAAUAUUUUGGAUAUGUUUUUAACUUUUUAUGUACAAAGAAAUUAACCCAUUUGUUUGUCUACGGUUUCCAGCAACUGAUAAACCUGUAGAACUCAUAAAAAAACAACUCAUAAACUUGUAAAAGCAAUUCAUCUCACCUUUCUGAUAAUUCAAAUGUGAAUUAGACUUCUCUAGUGCUAGAAUGUCUUCAGAAUUACAUUCUGAAAUAAGAUUGAACAACUGUCUUUUUGCAUCUAUCUUGAAUUGUUCAAAGCGGUAGUUAUAAAGAGAAGACAAUUUAAAAUAUUUUAUAGCUAUUUCAACUUUUCAAAGGCUUUACUCAAUACUGCUUUUGCAAGUUAAUCUUGACUGACAUCUUGCGACUCAUUGAAGGAAAAAUUAAUAAAAUCUCUGAUCAUGUGGUCAGGAGAACUCAUUUUUGUCUCUUUGCUACUAAGAUCAAAUAAUGUGUUGAAAUAUCAGUGUUUUAAUGAAAUAUGUGAUUCCUAUUCUUCUAGUUUUUCUUUUUUUAACCUAUACGUUAUGACAUCUUACCAUUUAGUAGACAGUUGAUGUGUAUUUCUCAUAAUGCUUUUAACGUGUUUUUCUAGCCCUUCUUAUUUUUUUGUUGGCUAUGCUUUAAUUUUUGUAGUUUUCAUUGGGAGUUUUGUCAGGUCUUUUUAUAAUGUUGGUGAACACUAAGACUGUUGUUGCUUGGGUCAUAAGUGAUAGUCCUCCACGCUUUUUAAAGUACUUCUUGGUAUGAAUGGGCUCCAGCAUUGCCUUUUGAGUUUCUUUUCCAUUUCCCAUGCAUAGAUGAUCUAGCAAACCUCAGAGCAACUUGGAUUCUUUGGGGUAGAUGCGAAAGGCCUAGGACUAGUUCUCACUUCUACACAAUGUCUUUUUCUUAGGUGUGCUAUAGGUACUGCUGGUUUUAGCUUACUGUUCCAAGCUGCAUGGUAGUUGAAAUGUAAAACACAUCAUGGAGUCAAAUUUAAUUUAGAGAGCACAGAAAUACACAGAUUGAGAUAGAUAUGUAUGUAUGUACAUAUAUAAAACGUUGUCUGAUACUUCCGGUUCUCUUGAGCCUUCCUUGAAGAAAGCCUCCUGAGAGCACCACUCCUGCAUAUAGGCCGUUCUCCACUAUUUGAAUUCUCCUUGGUUUUUCCAUGUUCAGUUAACCUAUUUGUAAAAGACUCAAACAUCAAUGGGAAACUGGCAUAUGAGGGAGUAGGGGGACAAAACUGAUAAGAAGUAUAACUGUGUGGAAUGAAUAUAAUAAAUUGACAGUGGAAGUAAUCUUUAUAAAUAAAGAUUAAAAAUAACACCUGAGAAAGUUUUCUGGCUUCUGUUUUGGACAUGUCUUUCAGCGUGAUUUAACAGUUUUAAUUUCUAGACUGUCUUUUUACAGCACGGUCAUGUAUUUUAAAGCCAUGUUGUAAAUUUUAUAGGUUUUAUCCAAAUGUAUUUAAUUAUAGUUGUAACUUGCAGAAGGAAUCUGCACUUAGGAAAUAGUUUCAUAGCUGCAGAGUAAAAGGGUCAUGGAGUCACUUUCAGGGUGGUACUGCACAGUGCAUUAGCCGGUUGAAUUUCCAGAGAAGUUGCCCCAUGGCACACUAAACUAAACCUACGAGAAGCAUUGGAAAUGUGAGCAUUAAUUUUUAUUGUGUUUGCUUAUCUAGCAAACUUCUCAAAGGUUUUACAAAUGAGGUUGCCCUUUCAAUUCAAUAGCUUCAUGUUGGCCUGAUGCUCUAGAAACUUUGAGCCAAAUGAUGUUUUUCUUUUUCUUUUUUUUUCCCCUCUUUGGCUGACCUGAGAUUGACCCGCAACAAAUAGUGUUUCUGCUUUGCACUACAUAGAAGAGAGAUUAAAUCCAACCUUGAGAGGAAGUAGCGUUCAUUUUUACAUUACUAAAACUCAAUGGAAGAAGAUUCAAUCAGAGUUGUGAAGAAACUGUCCUAUGCCACUGAAUUUUGUCUCGCUCUAUGAUGAUGGAUGAGCUGAGAAGCUUGUGAAGCUUACAUGAAAUAUCCUAUAGAUACUUCUACUUAUCAGUAGUAGCCCAGAUGAAAUAAGCAUGUCCUAAGAUGGCAAUAGGUCUGGAGUAUGAACCAGUCUACAGAAGUGAGUUGAUGCCAGAUUUGUUAAUGUCUUGGUGGCUUGAUGGCUCUCAGUUACUCUCUCUCUAAACCAAAGUCAUCUACCAAAGCAACAAAGGGAUGGUGCACAACCUGACUACAGAAUGCUAUUUCCAAAGAAGUGAACUGUGAAGAAAGGACUCAUGAAUUUUGAUCACGGGGUCUUGGAGACUGUCUCUGAUGUCUGCUCCAGUGAGGACCUUCCUGAGGUAGAGUUGGUGAGCAUGCUAGAAGAACAGUUGCCAGAUUACAAGUUACGAGUGGAUUCUCUGUAUCUGUAUGAAAAUCAAGACUGGAUUCAGCCCCCUGCCUGCCGUGGCCAUCUUCCUGAAAUCACUUCUCCAGUUCGUGAUGAGGAACCCUUCCGUUACAUGACUCUUAUUGAACUUCCUUCCUCCUCCUUGGCUGGAUCUCACAAAUUUGCUCAAGUUCUUGGCACAGAUAAUGUGGAGCAGAAAACCUACAGUGAUGCUGACAUGGUCAAACAUCUAUUAGCUGAGAAAGAUCGGGACCUGGAACUGGCAGCUCGAAUUGGGCAAGCCCUCCUUAAGCGAAACCAUCUGUUGACGGAACAGAAUGAAGCACUGGAAGAACAGUUGGGACAAACUUUAGAUCGAGUUAACCAGCUGCAGCACGAACUGUCAAAGAAGGAUGACCUGCUUCGUAUUGUUUCGAUUGCUUCUGAGGAGAGUGAAACAGAUUCCAGCUGUUCCACACCACUUCGUUUCAAUGAGUCUUUCAAUGUAUCACACGAUCUGUUGCAGCUGGAUGUCUUGCAAGAUAAACUCAGAGAGCUGGAAGAGGAGAACCUUGCUCUCCGAUCAAAGGCUUGCCAUCUGAAGACAGAAACCAUUACAUAUGAAGAGAAAGAACAGCAGCUGGUCAAUGACUGUGUCAAAGAGCUCCGGCAAACAAAUGCUCAAAUUUCCAGAAUAACAGAGGAGUUGUCAGAGAAGAGCGAGGAGUUGGUUCGCUACCAGGAAGAGAUCUCAUCCCUCUUGUCUCAGAUUGUUGAUCUUCAACAUAAACUCAAAGAACAUGUGAUUGAAAAGGAAGAGCUGAAACUUCACUUACAAGCUUCCAAAGAUGCUCAAAGACAACUGACAGCAGAGCUACAUGAGUUGCAAGAUCGGAAUGCAGAGUGUCUAGGGAUGUUGCACGAAUCACAAGAAGAAUUGAAGUUGCUGCGCAGCAGGGCCAGCUCUGUUGCUUGUCUCUGCCACUCCCAGUCAUGGGGAGCAUUUCCUGUGGAUUCCCUUGCAGCAGAAAUUGAGGGAACAAUGCGGAAGGAAUUGAGUCAGGGUGAUGAAUCUGUUCUCUCCAAGCAAAAGGUUCAACAGAAACGAGUAUUUGACACUGUCAAGGUUGCUAAUGUCACUCGUGGCCGCUCCUCUUCCUUUCCUGCCCCAUUGCCAAUCCCUGGAUCUAAUCGGUCAAGUGUUGUUAUGACAGCAAAGCCCUUCCAGUCUGGUGUACAUCAUUUGGAGAGCCACACACAGAUGACCCACAGGAGCAGCUCUGAGAAGAAUUUGAAAGACACUCAUAAUCCUGGCCAGCCAGGAACCCCUGGAGACAAUGACUUAGUCAGAGCUCUGCAUAGGCUCUCCCUCCGUCGUCAGAACUACCUGAGUGAGAAGCAGUUCUUCGAGGAGGAAUGGGAGCGAAAAAUGCAUUUGCUGGCUGAGCAGAAAGAAGGGGCUAGUGGCUGUAGUACACCAACAGAAAGCUGUUUUUCCUUGGGUACAAACUCAGAAUUCACUGAUCUUUCUACCAGCUCUAGUAAUCUCCGUGUGCUCCUACCAGAAAAAUUGCAAAUUGUCAAACCCAUUGAAGGAUCUCAGACCCUUUUUCACUGGCAGCAGCUUGCUCGACCCAACCUAGGCACCAUUCUUGACCCAAGACCAGGUGUUGUUACAAAAGGUUUUACCCCUCUGUCUGAUGAUACUGUGUACCACAUCUCUGACUUGGAGGAGGAUGAUGAGGAAGAAGGUGAAGGGGGUAUAACAUUUCACGUGCAACAGUCCUUCCCGGAGGAAAAGAAAUGUACAGUGGCAAAGCCAGUGGCAGGGAUUUUCCUACCACCUAUUACUUCAGCAGCAGUACCGCUCAGUGGUAAGAAGCAUCCCUCAAAUCCAGGGAAGUGUCUGUCUUCUACAAAUUCCACAUUUACCUUUACUACAUGUAGGAUCCUUCACCCAUCUGAUGUCACUCAAGUUACUCCCAGCUCCAUCAGUGCCCCAUUUUCACUUGGAAAUACUGGCAGCAGUGUUGGAAACCCAGUUGUGAGCAGUCCAGCCAUUUCUUACAGGCUUAGUAUUGGAGAAUUUCUCACCAACAGAGGAGAUUCAACUACCACUUUCAGCAGCACAAGCAGUCUGGCUAAACUUUUGCAAGAACGAGGCAUCUCUGCCAAGGUUUACGAUAGCCCCAUAUUAGAAAAACUGCCUUUGCUACAGCCCCCUCGAACUCUCCCCAUUCCUUCUACUCCACCAAAUUCUCCCUUGCGUUCACCUUGUCCUUCCCCUCCACUGUUUGAGCCUCGAGUGCAUCACUCGGAAAACUUCCUGGCUUCUCGACCAGCAGAAACAUUCUUGCAGGAAAUGUAUGGCCUAAAGCCCUCCCGUAAUGCUCCAGACGUGGGCCAGCUGAAGAUGAACCUAGUGGACAGACUGAAGAGGCUGGGUAUUGCCAGGGUGAUCAAGCCCCCUCAGAUACAGGACCACAGGAAGAAUCAGGGGACAGAGGUUAGCUUGCGGAGGCAGGACUCGGCUGUGUUUUUAAAUGCAGGUAGCAACUUAAUGGCGGGACUGAGAAGAAACCAGAGUCUUCCAGCCAUGAUUGGGGCAUUGGGAGCUCCAGUUUGCACACAGUCAUCAAAAAUGGAUAUCCUGAAGGAGGACUGACUGGUCUGAAAAAUGAUUGACUUCUAGCAUAGUGAAUAAUACAUGAGGGAUAAACAUCCAGUACAGGCAUCGUUAGGUGUGUUACAGAAGCGUUGGAGAAGGCAUGUGCAUGUUAAAGAUGUGGGAGAGAGAAGCAUGGGGAUCAAGGAGAAAAGGAACAUUGCUUGGGUUUGAGAAAGAAGGCUUUUGUGGAAAAUAAGAAAGAAGAAACCAAAGCUUAGUUUUGAGACCCCCUUCAGCAUCUGUCUUAACUUAAGCAAAAAUAAAAGACCAUUGUAGAUAUUCUCAGUAUUUUAACCUUUUAAACCGAAUGUGUAGAACUGUCUUGCAGGUGCUGUUCUACUCUUUCCACCAUAUGACCAUAGUAUUUUACUAGUUGUUAGCAGUCAGGCUGUAUCAUUUAAAUGUAAUACUAAAAUAACAGUCAGUCUGACCAGCAUUAUUGGUCCAAGUUCCUCUCUGUAGCAAACGAAUAUGAAAACUUGGAUUAUUUUUUUUUAUUCUUGUAUUUUCCAUUUCAGAAACUGUACUCUUUUGAACUCCUCCCCACUUUGAGAAGCAAGGGAGAGAACCUUUAGCUCUAUGUAAGAAAACAAUACUUCUGUUUAUGAACACAGAAACUGGUGGUCAGGAUUUAUAUUUUGAAAGAGUGCAAUUGUGCUAGUGAGGUAUUAAAGAAGUUAAUUUCUUUCCAGAGCUUCUGAACCACACAGAGGAAGGUGCAAUGAAUAAGAAUUAAGAAGCAGGAAAGUAUGUAUUAGGGUGAAAACUUCAAGCUAAGAAAUCUUUCCAAAGCUGCUGUGCAUCUUUUUAAAUGAGAGUAUUUUUGCACACACAAAAAAAUCUCGCACAUUUCAGUAUUACAAAAGGAAAUAAAACCUAUGUGCUUGAUUCAGGGUUUCUUUUUAUUUGACAUAAGCGGAGAGCAUUUACUUCAAGACAAGUGUUGGAAAUUCAGUAACCUGACUCUUCUCUUGACAGGUAGACAUUAUGUAUAUUAGAGAGUUCUGCAGUAAGCUUCAUGCCUUUCAUUUGUUUAUUUCUGAUUUUAGGCAGGAUUUUGUUUAAAAGAUUUCAUUAAGAGCAAAAUUUACCAGUCUCUAGAAACAGAAGGAUGAAAGCUAGUGUUCUUCGUAGCAUUUUAAUGAACAUAAAUCAAUUUUGCUACGUUGAAAUCCUGUGUUUUGAUGGUGGAGAGUGGUUCUGAACCUGAUUCUGAACAAAGCUGAGGCAGACUUUCCAUCUCAAAAGAGAAGUCAAUUUUAGAAAUCUGGUUUCUGAGUGGUAAUCAACAAAAUAUUACUGCCCAUGCUGCUUUUUUGAUUCUUUCCUGUCCAAGGUUCUAGUCAUAACUGAAUAAUCUACAAUAGAUCUACAGUGUAACUUAAAGAAGAAAAAAAGUUUGCCCAGAUUUCCUUGGAGGAACGGGUCUUUCCUAGUGACCUGAGUGGAAACAGGUUCUUUAUGUAAUUUUUCACUGUACCUAUCAACAUUUUAAAAUUAUUUUUAAGUUUAGGUUCCAUACAUUUUUUAAUUAUUUUUAAGUUUAGUUUCUAUACAAUUAGAUAAAACAGUCAAAAGUUUACCUUGCUUGUUACAGUGUAUGUGGGACAUAGCUGGUACCUGUCUGGGUGCAUGGUGUGAAGCAUCAGUAUAAUUACACUGAUUAGCAUUUGCUGUAAGGCACAUCCACCAUAAUCAGCACCCUUGUUGCUGCAGGGUUGAGUGGAGUAGGGUAGGAAAAGAAAGCUUCUUAACCUGAUUUAUAGGAAAUUUGUAAUGUGACCUUUCUGCUUUUACAGUUCUAUAGAUCUUGUGAUGACUCUUUGAUAUAACAGUCUUUUUUUGUAAAAGGAAAAGGAGUAACCACUUCAAACUUGCACAGGGAUUCUUAGCAGAAACUUGUCUGUUAGCAGCGCACAGAAAUAUUUCAGGAACUCCUGGAGUUGCCUUUUGCUCUCUAAGCAAAAUCUUACACUUUUAAAAGGUGAAUUUUAUUUAAAAUACUAUAUACGGGUUAAUUUUGGUUUUUUAAAUGAAAAAUAUUUAAUUUCUUCAUGUAUUUAUGUUUGUAUGUACUUGGCUGUGCAUGGGGUCUUGCCUAGCUAAAUAAGGUAAGAGGGAAAGGAGUGGGGGGAGGCAGUUUUGCUCUCCAGUGAACUAAGAUGGGUACGUCUGCUGUGUAUUUGUAACUUCUAGGGAAACAACAGGAAUGAGUUAAUGGAAGAUGAGACAGUUUGGUAUCAACAGAGAAGCGUAUAGUGUGUCAAAAAUAUGUCCAUUUUAUGUGUGUUUAUUAGAGGAAUACAUAUAAGUUACUGAUAAAUUUUGAAAGUAUUAUACUGUGUUUCUAACUAGCUUUAUUAGAUAACUCCAGCCAUUGGAUCAUUCUGUGUAUUAUCAGCAGAAGUAGCAAAACAGCUAAAUCAGAAUUCCUUUGGCAGACCCAGGUUUCAGUUAAAAUUAAUCUAAGAGCACAUUAAUUAAAUGCCUCUUUCUCUUUGGGAUGCUUCCAUAUUCCAUAGCCCAACAAUAUAAACUGGUUCAGUUCAAACAAUACUAUGGAUAUGUCAAGAGGGGGGUUUUUUGUUUGUUUUCUGUAGGAUGAUGUAUCAUCAGAUACUUAAGGGAAGAAGAAAAUGGAAGGAUCUGUAUAUCAUUGUGUGUUUAUCUGGUUGGUUGAUGCUGUGGUGCAGCGUUGCUGAAAUUCUGUCAUGCGUUUAUACCUUUGGAUGGUCACGUGCAUUUUGUACAUAUAUAUGCCUAGCUUGCAGCAACGGGGAAAAUUAGUGGUACUUCCAAGUUUACUGUUUUGUGCCAAAACCUAGAAGAUAAACUUUUUUGAAUAACAUGCGUGUUUCAGAGAACAUAUUAAAAGUUGCCAUCAUUCUAGGAACUGAUUUGGCUUCUGUUGCCUCCCAUAAGAGAGGAGACAAACUUGUAUGACUAAGAUAGCCGAGAUCCUGCACAAGAUCUUUUGAUCCUGCACACGUGUGAUUUGGUUGAGCGGGAGGUAGAGCUAGAAGGAAUGGAGAAUUCCAUUUUGGAAAGGUUCUAUUGUCUUGCAGGUUUGAGACAAAAACAGAUGCUAGAAAGGACAGACUUACUCAUGCUUGUGAAAGUUUCAAGAGACGGAAGGAAAUUAUUGUAGUAUUUAUCUUUAUUCAGAUUGGCUUAAACCAGGCACAAAUUUAUAGCUUUCUAGUUUCACUGUUUUUGUUAAACUCAGUGAUGCCUGCAUGCUCAAAAUACCUGUAGUCAAAGUGAAAAGUCUACUGGUGUCAAACAGCAGCAGAGAGGGAAGGAGAAUAUUGGGCUGGGGCCUCGUUUGGCUGUUACACGAGGGAAUUACACACAAUAUUUGAACUGUCUGGGAACUUCGUGGUAUUUUUUUUUUCAUCUGCUUUUUGCACUUACUGUUGUUUCAUAGUGGAAUGUAAAUUUGAUAAUAAACAUGUAUAACAUGCCAUUUUUCAGUA